UCGAAGGAUAGAAACUCGCCGUCAGGCAUGGUGUGUGAGAAGGGGAUCCAGAUCCUCCUCACCACCGUGGGGGCAUUUGCUGCCUUCGGCCUGAUGACGGUGGCCAUAGGGACGGACUAUUGGCUGUACUCCCGUGCCCUAAUCUGCAACAGCACAGCCAAUGUCACGCAGGACGACCCUCAUAACAAGGACAAGAAGGAUCCCGGGGCGCUCACCCAUUCAGGACUCUGGAGGAUAUGCUGCCUUGAAGGAGUCAAGCGAGGAGUGUGUUCUCAGAUCAACCACUUCCCAGAGGAUGCGGACUUUGACCACGACGGGGCUGAGUACGUCCUACGCGUAGUUCGGGCUUCCAACAUCUUCCCCAUCCUCAGUGCCAUCCUGCUGCUAUUGGGAGGCGUGUGCAUCGCUGCAAGCCGUUUCUAUAGGAGCAAACGGAACAUCAUCCUCGGAGCGGGGAUUCUCUUUGUGGCUGCGGGUUUGAGCAACAUCAUCGGCGUGAUUGUGUACAUCUCAGCAGCUCUUGGCGACAUCUCACCCAAAAAGGACGAGGACAAGAAGUGGCAGUACUCGUACGGUUGGUCUUUCUAUUUUGGCGGUCUCUCUUUCAUCAUGGCCGAGAUGGUGGGCGUGCUAGCGGUCAACAUCUACAUCGAGAAGAACAAAGAGCUGCGCUGCCGCUCUCGCACCGACAUCUUCAAGAGCACCACGCACGCCAUGCUGCGCCUCCCCAGCUACCGCUUCCGCCGCAGAUCCCGCUCCUCGUCACGCUCCACCGACCCCUCCCGCUCGCGAGACCCUUCGCCGGUAGGGGGCGGCGUGGGGAAGAACUUUGGCCUGCCCCCAUCGGCGCUGCUCUCCCAGGGCCCCAUCUCGGUGUCCACGCUGCCUAAUCCGCACUCGCGCUCGCACACGGCGCUGGCAGGGGGCGACAUCUCGCUCUACACGCUGUCACGCGACCCCAAAUUGGGGGGGCUGCCGCCCAUGUACGGCACGGUGGACCGCGCCACCCUCUACCAACUCCACAACUGCUUCCCAAAGGACGGCGGUGGCGGCGGGGGCGGGAUGAUGAGUGGCACGCUGCCAUCACUCAAGUCCCACAACCCUUCCAACUCUUCCAACUCCAACGUGCCAAUGCCCAACUCGGUGGGGUCUGGACCGCCCCCCUUCACCUCGUCCACUGUGGACAGGGAGCGAGGAAUGGGUACCCUGGACAGGCUUAAGGGAGACAGAGAGAGCAACUCCAACACCCUCAAUAGGAAGACCACACCUGUGUAG